AUGUCGUCCAAAACCCCAUCCUCUCCCCCCUCUCCGCCUCCCUUAGACGGCUCCGACGCCGACCGCCGCCUCCGAGAGGCCGAGGACCGCCUCCGCGAUGCCAUCGAGGAGCUCCAGCGCCGCCAGCGCUCCGCCGCAGCUCGUGGGCCCCAGCACCUCCCUCCUUGCGACCACGCCAGCGACGAGUCGUGUAUCGCCCACGCCAUUGGCAAUCUCUGCCAGAGCUUUCUCUUGUCGUAUGGCGUACGAGUCGGAAUUGGCAUCCUUCUUCGCGCUUUCAAGCUCGCCCGCAGACAGUCGUACUCUUCGCUCCUCGAUCUCAAGCAACUAGUCUCAGAAAAAGAUCUCAUUGUAAGAGAAGAAGCAUGCCGAAUCGGUUUAUUUUUUGGUGGCUUUAGUGGUUCUUAUCAUGCUCUUAGAUGCUUGUUGAGAAAGUGGAGAAAGAAAGAGACACCAUUGAAUGCAAUUUUAGCAGGUUCAGUUGCUGGUUUGUCUAUUUUAGCGUUAAAUGACUCAAACCGAAGGCGCACACUUUCUAUGUACUUAUUGGCCAGGCUAGCCCAGUGUGCUUAUAAUUCUGCGAAGUCUAAGAACAAGUUUCACUUUUGGGGAAGCCAUUGGAGGCAUGGGGAUUCUCUACUUUUUUCAAUUGCAUGUGCACAGGUUAUGUAUGCUUUUGUAAUGCGUCCUGAGAGCUUGCCAAAAUCUUAUCAAGAAUUUAUCCAGAAAACUGGGCCAGUUGCACAGCCUGUGUACAAGGCUAUAAGGGAAUGUUGUAGAGGUUACCCUGUGGAUAUUGCCUCACUAUCUGAUUACUUACACAAAUCUUGUUUAGCUCACAAUGCAAUUGCAACGUCAGCUACCUUUAGGAAAACGUUUCCACUUUACUUCUCUUUGACAUUUGUACCAUUCGUUGUUCUCCGCCUGCAGAAGGGUGUCAUAUGUUUGCAUAGAAAAGUUGCAUCAAAAGACCACAAGCUUCUAUAUUGGAUUGCUGGUGGAAUAUCUGCUCUUUCAGUUUUACUGGAGAAAAAGGCUAGACGUGGUGAACUUGCUCUUUAUGUUCUUCCGCGAGCAGGAGAUUCUUUGUGGUAUAUCUUAGUAAAUCGCCACCUGCUUCCAGAUAUUAAGAAUGCUGAGGUGUUUUUGUUUUGUUUGUCUAUGGGAGGAAUCAUGUACUACUUGGAACAUGAGCCAGACACUAUGGCUCCAUUUCUCAGGGGUCUGAUCCGUCGGUUCCUUGCUAGCAGAAUAAGCAACCCUGUCUCUGCGUCCAAUAGGAGUUCCUCCUACACAUAUUUGCAGAGUCUUGAUGCCAUGAAGAAGCCGAAGCUCUUAGAUAGUCGUACUGAAUCACCUUCCCAGAAGUAUAAUCUUGAAUCAAUACCGGGGCUGUGA